AUGGACAAGUUUGGAUUAGACUCUCUGGGAGUGCAAGAAAUGCAUACUGCUGCUCGUGCUCUGGAUACCGACGCUUCCAAAUACGAAAAUGAUAGAAACUUAGAAAUGCAAUGGGCAAUAAAAGCAUACCAUCACGCGGACACGUAUUUUAAGCUAAUUUCCACCCUUGAUUCUCGUGGCUUAAAAUUAACCAGGAUCGAUGACGAAAUAUAUUCCAAAUUUAAGCAGAAAUUUCCUAAAUUCAAGCUUGAUAUACUGGAUAAUGAAGAGUUAAAAUCCGAGGAAAGUAAAGCUUUAUGGAGAACAUUCUGCAAUGAAUUUGAAAAUGUAGUUGAAGACUUUAAUUUCGGUACAUUAAUAAGAAUUGAUGCUAAGAAAGAUUACAGCGAAGAAAAUACCAUCUUAGUAACCCGUAUCCAGUUUUACGCUAUUGAAAUUGCAAGAAAUCGUGAAGGAUGUAACGCGGCUUGCUAUGGAAAACCAGCACCAAACGAAGCAUAA